AGGCCAUAAAUAAUUCACCUUAUCAUGCAAUAUUUGGCUUCGACAUGAUAACGCAUGCGUCAUCUUAUGAACUUCUACGAAAACUACAACUUUUAGAUGAGCCAUCAGCCAAAAUAUCACGUGACGAUAGUUUACAGCUCAUUAGGAAAAACCUAAAGAAACAUAUUAAAGAUGCCUAUGAUAAAAAUCAGAAGCAAUACAACUUGCGGACAAGACCUCAAACCUUUUCUCUAAAUCAGGAAGUUUUCCGACGGAAUUUUUCUCAGAGCAAUAUGGAGAAAAAUUUUAAUGCUAAACUGUCACCUUUGUUUAUUAAAGCAAGAGUUCGAGAAAAACUAGGAAAUCACUAUUAUGUUCUAGAGGAUUUACAGGGAAAAUUAGUUGGCACCUAUCACUGUAAAGACAUUAGGCCAUAAACUCUUUUCUAUCUAUUUUUGUUAAGUAUAACUUCAAAAAUAUUUAGUUUUGUACUGGACGUUUAUGUCCUUGAACAAAUAUCUAUUAGAAUUUUGGAAAAAA